CACUUCAAGCUGGAGCCGCUGCGGCAGUACCACCGCGUUAUCCCCCUGGAGGAGUUCAUGGAGAAGCUGGCACCCGUUCACUGGCCCCCCGGCAAGCGGGUGGCUUACUGCUUCGAGGCGGCGGCUCAGAGAAGCGCUGACAAAAGUACCUGUCCCAUGAAGGAUGGAAACCCAUUUGGUCCCUUCUGGGACCAGUUCCAAGUGAAUUUUGAUAAGUCUGAGCUCUUCAAGGGAAUUUCCUUCAGCCCCGCGUACAAGGAGCACUGGAUCCAAAGGUUUUCGCCAUCUGAGCACCCUGUACUCGCCUUACCUGGAGCUCCAGCCCAGUUUCCAGUGUUGGAGGAGCACCGGCCCCUCCAUAAGUACAUGGUGUGGUCCGAGGAAAUGGUGAAGAAGGGAGAAGCCUAUAUUCACUCCCUGCUGGUCCGGCCCUACGUCGGGAUUCACCUGCGGAUCGGCUCAGACUGGAAAAACGCUUGCAACAUGCUCAAGGACGGCACGGCCGGGCCGCACUUCAUGGCGUCGCCUCAGUGCGUGGGCUACGACCGCAGCGCCGCGGUGCCGCUCACCAUGGACAUGUGCCUGCCGGACCUCGGGGAGAUCCAGCGCGCUCUCAGGCUCUGGGUGAAGAAGGUGAAGGUGGUGAGCCUGCAGCCCGAGGUGCCGCAGGUCGAUCUGUACGUUCUGGGCCAGUCCGAUCACUUCAUCGGCAACUGCGUCUCCUCCUUCACCGCCUUCGUGAAAAGGGAGCGCGACGUGCACGGAAAACCCUCGUCCUUUUUCGGGAUGGACCACCCGCCGAGGCUACGGGAUGAGUUCUGA